CUUGCGGACAGUCCGCUCUGGUCGCAGAAGGGAGUUUGUCAGCAGGAUGGGGCCGUCUGCUGAUCCAGACCUUACAUAAGUUAGUGUUCAAGUCGCGGGCCCGCCCAGAGUUUAUAUCAGUCGAUACCCAGGCAUUGUGACGGGAGAGCCGGGGCUGGAGUGACGGCAGCAGGGAUGUAGCGAGCGGUGCUGGUGAUGGGAGCGAAUCGCGGGCUGGGCCUGGAGUUGAUCCGCCAGCUGAGCCAGGUUGAGCGGCCGCCACGUUACCUGUUCGCCGCCUGCAGAGUCCCAGAGGGAGCCCGAGGGACGGAUCUUAAGAACUUGGCAAAACGUUUCUCAAACAUAAAAAUAGUUAAUAUGGAUCUGGAUGACUUUGACAGCAUUCAAACGAGUGCUGAAGAGAUACAAAAGGUAUUGAAAAACGAUGGCCUGAAUCUGUUAAUAAACAAUGCUGGGAUCAAUAUUGAUGGAGGUCUGUAUGACAUUACCCCAGAAAUAAUGAUGAAGACUCACACGAUCAAUGUCAUUGGCCCAAUGAUGGUUACCAAGGCUUUUCUGCCGGCUUUAAUGAAAGCAGCUCAACUGAGUGAUGAACCUGGCUUCAGCAGUAAGAAAGCAGCGGUUAUCAACAUGUCCUCUAUCUUGGGCUCCAUGGAGACUUUCAGCAUGGAGUUUUGGAAAGCAUGUGCCUACAGGAUCAGCAAGGCUGGACUGAAUAUGGUCACCAAGUGCUUAACUAAUGAGCUGACACCCCACAGAAUCCUUUGUGCUUCAGUGCACCCCGGCUGGGUCAGAACAGACAUGGGUACUGAAAAGGCACCACUAACCAAAGAAGAAAGUAUACAAGGAUUACUUAGGAUAUUUUCAAAUCUGUCAGACAAAGACAAUGGAUCAUUUAUAGACUGGAGAGGUGAACGUGUACCUUGGUGAAGACUAACUUGCACGAAUUAACAUGAAAUAGAAGUGGAAUUUAUUACCACUGAUUUUUGAAUUCAUAAGUUUAAUAUAGCAUAUUGGAAGUAAUGAACAGUAUACUAGAUGUACUUAACACUUUAAUAAAUAUAAAUUCUUAAUAAAGU